AUGAAAAAAGCAACUGAUGGGAUCUAUUGUAUUAAUAUGAAUUAUAUUGUUAGAUGAAAAUGAAUACAUAGCUGAUUAGGAGGAUAAAUUAAUUGCAAAGAUGAGAAAGAAACAGGUAUGAUAAUGUCUAAAAGAGGAACGAGAAUUAGAACAAUUAAAAUUAUAUGAGCAAUAACAAGCUGAAUAAGAAAGAAGGAAAUUUUCUAUUUUGGAAUCCACUCGUUCAAAAUAGCAAUAAAUAGAAUUAGCCUUAAAAGAAAAGAAAUAAAUGGUGAGUAAAUAUUAUAAUAUAAAAUCUAGAUAGAAUUGAAGAGAAAAGAAAAAGAGAAGGAAAAAUUGUUAUAUGUGUAAAAGAUGGAAUAAGAAAAACUAAAAGAAUUGACAGAAAGGGAAAUCAGUAGAGAUUAUAUUUUAUAAGAAUUACAUAGCAAUAAAAAUAAUUAAUAAAGAGUAAUUCCUGAUAAGGUUAAACCAUCUAUUGUAAAAAAGUAAAAGUAUAAUUUAUGUAAGAAUAGCUGAGGGAAUAAUAAAUACAUAAUAGGAAGAAAUUCUGAUGAAGAAAAUCGAAUUGGAUAAGUUAUAAAAGGAGUAAGAAGAAUAGAUUAAAGAUUUGAGAGAGAGAAAGGAAUUAUUAUUGAAAGAGUUGAAGUAAGCAAAAAGAAAGCAAUUAAAAAAAGUAAAGAAAAGGAAUGAGGAAGAAAAAAAUGCUUAACAUGAAGAAAAGUUACAGAAAAUAGAAUAAUAUUAGAAAAAAUUAGAUGAUAUUGAAAUAAGUUAAUAAGCUAAAAUAGAGUUAAUUGAAUAAAAAAAGAAAGAAAAAAUGGAGAAAAUAAAAAGAGUGAUGGUUAAUUUAUUAUAUUGAUAUUUUUAGGAAAAUUAAAAAAAAAUAAUGUCUGAAAAGAAUGAAAAAGCUAAAUUAAAAGUUUCACAAUUAGAAGAUAAAAUUAAUUAGAUUUCAGAAAGAAUGAAAUUUACAGAAGAUAAAAUAGAAAAAAUAGAAAAAGAAAAGGCUAGACAUAGAUAGAAUGUAAUAUUAUAUUAGUAUUAUAAGAUAAAAUCAAGAAAUGGUAGUAUUCAAAAUAAUAAAUCAUAAACAUGUCAAGAAAAGAUUCGAUAAAAGGAAGAAGAGCAUUUAAAAUCUAUUACAGAAACUCAAUCAAUCUCUAAAGUCAAAUUGUAAUAGGAAAAACAAAAAAAAGAAGAACUAAUAAGAGAUCAUAAAAAGAAGGCUGAAAAUAUAUUAAAAGAAAUGGUGGACAUUAAGAAUAAGAAAUUAAAAGAGAAAUUAGAUAAAGCAUAAUAAUUUAAGGAUGAAAAAGAAAAAUUGUUUAUGUAAUAACAAAAAUUAGCUAAAGAAAUUGAACGUCAGAAAAUGAAACUACUUUUACAUAGUCCUAAAAAUAAAGUAGAAGAUAAAUGA